AUGAUAUAUGCGCACAAUCCAGCAAUACCUCUUCGCUUCCUGCUAGUGUGCACCCUUGUUGCGUUGCGUGCGCCUGUAGCGCACCCUCCUAUCGUGCGCACCCCCUCCCCCUGCCCUCCUCACGAGACACAGUCUCCUCCUACUCAUCAGAUCUCGGCUUCUGAUAAUCUCGGAGGAGCAGCCAUGUCCAAAGCUCGUGUCUACGCUGACGUCAAUGUCAUCCGCCCUAAAGAGUACUGGGACUACGAGUCCCUCACCGUUCAAUGGGGUGAUCAAGAUGACUAUGAAGUUGUACGGAAAGUAGGAAGGGGAAAAUACAGCGAGGUCUUCGAAGGCAUAAAUGUCAAUACGAAUGAGCGCUGCAUAAUCAAGAUCCUCAAGCCUGUUAAGAAGAAGAAGAUUAAGAGAGAGAUAAAAAUUCUCCAGAACCUUUGUGGGGGACCGAAUGUCGUCAAGCUUCUUGACAUUGUCCGAGAUCAGCACUCAAAAACUCCAAGCUUGAUAUUUGAGUUUGUGAACAGUACUGAUUUCAAAGUUUUGUACCCCACACUGACUGAUUAUGACAUACGCUACUACAUAUAUGAGCUUCUCAAGGCAUUAGAUUACUGCCAUUCACAAGGAAUAAUGCAUAGAGAUGUCAAGCCUCACAAUGUUAUGAUAGACCAUGAAUUGCGAAAACUUCGCUUGAUAGACUGGGGACUUGCUGAAUUUUACCACCCUGGAAAGGAAUAUAAUGUCCGUGUAGCUUCAAGAUACUUUAAAGGUCCUGAACUUCUAGUCGAUUUGCAAGAUUACGACUAUUCUCUGGACAUGUGGAGCCUGGGUUGUAUGUUUGCUGGAAUGAUAUUUCGCAAGGAACCUUUCUUUUAUGGCCAUGACAACCAUGACCAGCUGGUCAAAAUUGCCAAGGUACUUGGGACUGAUGAGUUGAAUGCAUAUCUGAACAAGUACCAUUUAGAGCUUGAUCCUCAACUUGAUGCACUUGUGGGGAGGCACAGCAGGAAGCCCUGGUCGAAGUUUAUUAAUGCAGAUAAUCAGCAUCUAGUUUCUCCAGAGGCCAUCGAUUUUCUGGAUAAACUUCUUCGGUAUGAUCAUCAAGACAGGCUAACUGCAAAAGAGGCAAUGGGCCAUCCAUAUUUCUCCCAAGUGAGGGCAGCAGAAAGCAGCAGGAUGCGGACGUAA